UCAACAGGUUUGUGCACAACCAGGACAUCCAGCUGCUCGCUCCACAUAAAAUCACUUUCACACCGGUCAAGUGAGAGCGCUAAUUGAAUUCCAGUCGUGCCCAUAAAUUCAAUUAUAAACGCUAUUUCAUGUGGAAAAAAAUUGUAUAAAAGAGUGACCGCAAAACUCGAAAUAUAUUCAAAAACCUUGGCCCCAGUUUCCGCUGGCCGCAAAACAAACAUACGCAAAAAGUAUUUGGAAAUAUACGCAGUGAUGGCUCACACGAAGACGCGGAGAAUCUACGAAUUUCUGCUAAUGCUCCUAAUCCUGGAAAGCGCCUGCGGCAGUUUGGUGGCCAGUGGCAGUGCCUCCAGUGCAGCCUCCAAUGAACCAGGCGGCGGAGGCCUCUCCGAACAGGUGGUACUGGAUCAACUUAGCGAGAGCGACCUGUAUGGCAACAACAAGCGUGCCUGGCAGUCACUGCAGAGUUCGUGGGGCAAGCGCUCAUCCGGCGGAGAUUCAGGGGAUCCGGAUAUCUAUAUGACCGGACACUUUGUGCCCCUGGUGAUUACAGAUGGCACCAACACCAUCGAUUGGGAAACCUUUGAGAGGCUGGCCAGUGGACAAACAUCACCACAGCAGCAGCAGCAGCAGCAGUCGAACCAACAACAAUCACAGUCUGGUGAGGAUUUGGAGGAGCUGGGAGGUGAACCCGAUGUGGAGAAGCGGGCCUGGAAGAGCAUGAACGUGGCCUGGGGAAAGAGGCGGCAGGCGCAGGGCUGGAACAAAUUCAGGGGAGCCUGGGGCAAGCGCGAACCCACCUGGAACAACCUGAAGGGCAUGUGGGGCAAGCGCGACCAGUGGCAGAAGCUCCACGGCGGAUGGGGCAAGCGCUCCCAGCUGCCCAGCAACUAAUCCGGCACAGAACCGAAAGAGGAACACCUAACCAGACUUACUAAUCCACCUGUAUCUAAUCGUAUUUAGCAUGUGUGUUUCCCCUGCGAAGGGGUUCCGUUCUCAGUGUCCAUGUCGCAUUAGGUUGUCCGGAAAUUCUCCCGGUCCCGGGCCACUGAAAGUCAAUUCCGAAAAUGUAUGAAAGCGCUCGCCUGUCAAAAUGGAUCCCGAUGACAUGCGAUCCGGAUCGCCGUCUCGAUCAGCCAGUAUUAUACGCAUUAUAUCAGUGUGUCUAUAGUCAAAUAAUCCCCUAGCACCUAGUUUCCAAGUAUACAAGAGGACCUUUUCGAAGAAUACCGCUUUAAAUUAGAAACGUUAACUAAGUUAAUGAAUUGUGCAUAUACAUUUAUACUUAAAUAUACAUCAAUACCUACGAACUAUCAAAAUUAAAUACAAGUACGUUGAAAGUA